AUGGCCGGCACUGCGGGGCAGGGAGAGCGGGCGGGAGCCGCGCUGCUGCUGCGGGUUCAAGAAGAUCUGCACAAGCUUAAAGACAAAGUGAAAAACAUCAGCUUGAAAGGAAACGUGGAAGCUGAGGAUAUCAGCGACCUGGAAACAGCAAUUGAAAGAACUGAGUUUGGGCUGAGAGAACAUGCUGAAAGCUUUUUAAGUGCUGUAAGCAGAGAAGUGCUAACUAUUUCUGCUACUGACAAUGAAGAAAUUCGUCCCAAACAGCCCCCUGAAUGGUGCCUUCAAUGUGGUGCUUCUGAGAACCAGCUGGUUUUACCACCGGUGCCCGUUGAGCCCAUGACUGCCCAGGCAUGCAGCAGAGCAGCGCUGCGCCUUUCUCCAGGCUCGCAGAAGCAGCUGGAAAUGGAUAUGAAGCUUAUGCUUGACCCAGAAAACAUCAGUAAGAAAGCUGUUUUGAAACAACAGAGCUAUGAGACCAGGCUGCCACGUAUAACUAAGAAAAAACCUGCUCCUACGUGUAGUCAGAAGGGAGUGAAGGGUCAAAGCAGCAGCCAGCUUUGGGUUUUGCCUGCCUCUCCUCGUGUGGACUCUGCCUUACCCCUGUUAGAAGAAGAUAUGAAGAAAGAUAUUCUGAGCCUAAGGGAACGCAGGCUUAUCCCUCCAGCAGCAAAGAUAAGUCUCCAGACACCUGUUGUAUCCAAAGCAGCUCCUCUCCAUGAAUUGCACAGGCAGCGCAAGAAGUCAGCUGUAGGACAGAUUAGUAGUAAGGUGGAACCUGUGAGUACAGACACUUCCACCUUUCCAAGCUCAAAGGAAGCAACCGGCGGCUCUUACUCCUCUAGCAGAGGUAAUACUGCAUCACUGCUUCCCAGCAGCUCCCUGGAUUCGACCAGAAAAUCAAAGCCAGCGCACGCAUACCCGGCUCAACAGCUUCAAUGUGAGCUGCAGGCUGCACAGACACAGGAUCCAUCUCCUGACUGCAGCAUUGCUGUUUGCCACGGCGCUAUAGACCAGACUGCUCCAGGCUUUCUGGCAUUCAAACAACGUCACUGUUUGUCCUGGGGGAGCAUUGUCUAUUUUUUGGAACGCACAGAGAAGCUUCUCAAGGACUACGCCGUACCAUUGGCUACAGUCAGCUGUCAGAAGUUGGUGGAAGCGGCAUCGGACUUUGCGCUUAACGAGAAUCCCACCAAAAGUGACAUACUGUCAGUGAUAAAGAAUCGAUCGGCUGUGGAAAAGGUUUUAAAUCGACCUGGCCAAAGAUACAAAGGCCAAGGGGGUACUGAAAUGGCGGCUAUAAAGAUCCAGGCAACGUGGAGACGCUUCCAGGCCAGGAGAGCCUACGCCCGAUUCAGGCGGCAGCAGUGGGCAUCAGGUGUGAUUGCCAUCUCUUGGCUCCUGCACAAUCACAUGGCACGUGUGAAGAAGACCCUGAAGGAAUCACGUCAGAGACACCUGGAGAAUUUUUACAUCAGGGCCAAGCAUCUGGCAGCCAACUGGAAUCGCAUCAGGACCUCCAGGAGGACUAUUAUCCAUAUCCCAUCAUUAGGAUAUUCCCAGUACAUCCGUGAACGUAUUCCAGAUCUUGCUCUUCGACAGAACUUGCAGCUGGGAAGGCUGUGCGACAUCCUGGAUGCCAACGUGGACGUCAUCUACAUCUGCCCCCUUCAUCUGAGUGAGGAGUUACUGCAGUAUUACAAUAAACUCCUGGGUCUGCAGGCAGCUGUUAGAUCUGGGAACCCUGAGGACAUGAGUGACCUGCAGGACAGGUUCAAAAUUCUCACCCCUGAAGCUAUAAACAGCUUCCCUAAGCAUCACAUGUGCCUAGCCACUCAGCUGAAGUACAGUCCCAAGACGAUCCAAAGAAUAAAGAUCCUUAUCCAGAGCAGAGACGCCUACAUUAUCGGAGGGGUUCCCCACAAAGAUGAUCUAGCAGUGGCUGACAUGUUAAAUGUGCCCAUACUGGGCUCAGUGCCAGAAGUGGCUCAUCUCUAUAGUACCAAGUCUGGAAGUAAACGAAUUUUUGCCAGUGCUCGUGUGCCAACCCCUCCCGGAGAAUCUGACAUCUACAGCCACGAACAGCUGAUCAGUGCUCUCAGCCAGCUGAUUGUGGACAACAUGGAAGUGCAGCGCUGGCUGUUCAAAAUGAAUGACGAAUCCGGAGGAAACGGCACUGCCUUCUGUGAUAUUAUCUUGCAUUUGGAGUGCUACCACUGGGUUCUAAAGGAACGUCAGAAGCACAGCCCUGAGACGUGGAGUGAGAAGUGGGCACACGAGCCAGCUUUGGUGAAGAUCUCCCAGGAGCUGCCGGGCCUUUUAGCACAGCACGUACAGCCAGUCAAUGAGAAACGAUUCCCUACAUGGGAAAAAUUCCUCCAAACAUUUCUUAGUCAAGGUGGUGUGAUAGAAGCCUUCCCACUCUCAGAAAAUGUCACAAACCUUACAGUGGAUAUGCUGAUAGAGCCUACGGGCGACAUAAAAGUAGUGUCGUCAGGAGACCAGCUCCAUGCUGACGGACCUCUGCGAUCAUCUGGCACUACCAUUCCCCAAAGUUCUGUUGAUCCAGCAGUUCUUAAUUCACUCUGCUUAAAAAUUGGAGAAGCCUGUAAAUCGAAAGGAGUGCUUGGUUACUUCUCAGUUGAUUUUGUGACUUUCAUCCAUCCACAAACAAUGGAACAGCAGGUAUGGGCAACAGACCUUGACCUGUGCUAUAGUGACCAGCUGGCCUUGACUCAGCUCACGCUGUAUGUGUCAGAUGGAAACCUGGACUGUUGCUCUGGCCUUUCUGAAACACCUCUUGGUUCGAGGAAAAUGAAAAGCCAAUGCACUCAGCUCAAGGAGACAAAGACACCUUCUCCAGGAAGGAGCCGCUAUGCAGUAGCAAGCAGUCAGCUGAGGCACUCCAGUCUUUCAGUCAUCUACUACAGUGUUCUCCUGCAGAUGUGUAAAGCUCAUGGGAUUGGAUUUGACCUCCAGGAAAAACAGGGAACUGUUUUUAUAUUGUAUGACGAUCAGCAGCGAUGCAGAUUGGGAAUGAUAACAAUCGGAGAGGAUCUCCAGGGGGUCCUCAUGACCUUUGCUCGCAAUCUCUUCAUCAUCCAUCAAGAAAUAUCAGCACCUAAUAUGCAAGGCGAGACCAAUUUUAAGAUGGCAAUUCAGGAUAUUGAAGCAAUUCUAGGAGUUACAGCAGAAAACAAACUGAAAUUGAAAGAAGAGCAUCCUUCAAAAGCAGAUGCUCUGAAAGAAUAGUUAACAGAAGAUGUUUAAGUGCUCUUUAUGCUUCUGGAAAUGCUUUCUCAUCUGUAAGAACAGGUUUGGUUUUCCUUCUGUGCUGGCAUGUGAAUAUAACCUGGGACAAUAAGUAUCCAUGACUUUUGAAUACAGUAAUCACAGA